AACGUUUAGGCUGAUGCCUUAACGACUCAUCCCCAAUUCAGUUUCUUGUUCGGAUAAAGCCACCCCCAUUUCCUUUCUCCCUUUGACCUGGAAAUCCCAUAAUCCGUUUUUUUCCUUUCAAUGCUGUGCUAUUAUUCUUUUUCAAGUGUUCAAUCAUUUUUCUCCGUUUCAGAUAGGUUAGAUUGAAGGAAGUUAUGGAAAUCUCGAUUAUCAACAGAAUCAUUGAUUUUGAAUCGGAUAUCAACUCUCUGAACAACCCAUCUUUCAUUUCCCAAGUUUAUUCGCUUUUUGGCAUUGAAGAAAUAUACGAAGCUUACAAUUUGUGGGAGUGGGGAGCUUUGAUUCUUGUCUUAGUAGCCUUGUUGUCUACCAUAAUCAAAACACUCAAAAUUUUGAUAAUCAGAUCUCGGCGGCGUCAUUCUUUACAGUCUCAACCUCUUCUAGAUGAUACAGAUUUUGACACUGGCACCGAUUCUUCCUGCGUAUCUUCAGAUGACGAACUAGAAUAUGAGGAGCCAUCGACAUCUCACGAAUGGCAACAAGUUGAUGAAAAUUUUCGGGUUAGAGGCUCGGGUUAUCUCAUCGACCACCAAUUGGGAAGCCGUAAUUUUACCCUACAAAAGAGACUAAGCAGUAUUGGGGGUUUGUUUUCUUGGGCUGAAGAGGUGACCGGCGGAAAUAGCGUGGUGAAGCUGUGGGACAAUCUAGGGAUAGGUUUCCGUUUGGACCUGGAUGACAGUCACAACGUUUUAAACAUGUAUGACGCUAAUAAAGAAACAAAGCUCACAUCAAUUUUUGGUAGGGAUUCUGUCAUUCAUGCGGUUUCAAUAUCGUCCUCAUCGACGGUAAUCGUUGUAUCUGCUGGCGCUGACUCGUUAUCUUCACGAGUAGCCGUCAGCGCGUGGGAUAGGAGACUUCAUUCUUCUUCACCGGUAAUUCUAUCAGAAUGGAGGCCCACAAGAUCGAUUGAAAAAAUCACAACAAUCAAUACCAAAGGCAUGGAGCAAGUUUACAUCAAGGGUGAUGUAGUGGGGAAGUUAACGGUUGGCGAUAUGAGGAAGGUGAGCUCAUCGUUGAUGAACUCUAACGUUGAAACUUGGUGGGAUGCUGAUGCCGAUUAUCAUCUCGAACGAGUCAAUUAACACAUAUACUCAAUAUAGGAAAAAAGGUUGAAUGUACAAAAUGUGGAUUUGGAUAGUAAAAUAAUUAAUUUACCCUUUUAAUAAAUCGAAACUUAAUUAUCGUGCAUUUAGUAUUAUGGAAAAAAUUCAUUUUCCAUCUAAAAA